AUGGCCGCAGUACCUAGCGAAAUGCUUAAUCGUGUUCAAUUACCUCCAGCAGAUAAUCUAUCUAAAGAAACGGUAACAUCAUUAUUAGCAUCUGAUUCCGCAACUGUUAAAAGUGCAAAAGAAGCAACACAUAUUUUAUUUUCUAAACCAUUACAUUUCUUACGAUCAAUGUUAAAUCACGAAACAUCUACACAUGAAAUAACAGAAGAAGAACUUGAUUUUGCUGCUGAAUUUGGUCGAUUUCCUUAUCGUCCAAGUAAACUUUUUCUUAAAUUAUUUCAUAAUGUUAUAGCUACACUUCAACGUGAUCCCUUAUGUGGUCGUGUUUCACCCGCAUUAAUUGGUUCAUCUGGUGUUGUUCCAUUAACUAUUAUUUCAACUAUUCCAGAUAUAAUGCAACAUUAUUAUCAUUGUAUAGUUAAUGCAAAAAAAGAAGUUUUAUUUGCAACAAAUUAUUGGGAAAAAGGUCAUAGUGUUACUAUUAUUGGUAAAGCAAUACGUGAUUUAAAUAAACGUGCACGAGAUGAAAAUCGUCAAAUUAUUUUUAAAUUAAUGAUUGAUCAUCCAACAAAAGAGAAUCUAGCACAUUUUCAUAGUAUUCUUCCACAUCAUAAAUGGUCACAUUAUGAUAUUCCAACACCUGAUGAAAUUCCUAAUAUAUCACUUGAAAUAAAUAAUUAUCAUCGUCUUAUAAUGGGAACAUUUCAUUCAAAAUUUAUGGUUAUUGAUCGUCGUAUUGCGAUAUUAAAUAGUAAUAAUAUACAAGAUCGACCUAAUCUUGAAAUGAUGUCACAAUAUGAAGGUGAUAUUGUUAAUUCAUUUUAUGAUACAUUUCUUAUUUCAUGGUGGGUACCAUUUGAUCCAAGUCUUGUUUGUUUAAAUGAUGAUGCAACAACUGAAAUUGAAUUCCAGUUUGGUAUUGAAUCUUCAAAAAUUGUUUCAUUCAACGAACCAUUACAAAAUGCAGUAGCUCGAGCACGUUUAAGACUUCAAAAUCAUUUAGAUGAUAAACAAACAGAAAUUUAUUUUCAAGAACCUUUAUUAUCAUCUCAAAGUACUCCAUUAACACAUCAUUUAAAUCUAUCAGCUAAAUCAGCUAGAAAAACACAGCCAGAUGAAUAUCUUUCUAAACAAAAUUUAGAAAAACUUGCUCGAGAUUUUACACCAUUUAUUUUUCAUGAACCACAUGAACCAUUUCCUAUAGCUUUAGUUAAUCGUUUACCUCAUGGUGCACCUGGUCAUUCAGAUACAGCAAAUCCUCAAGAUGCUGCAUGGUUAGGUGCAUUUCGUUAUGCAGAAAAAUCGAUAUUUAUUCAAUCACCUACUUUAAAUGCUAAACCAGCUAUUAAUGGAAUUAUACAAGCAUGUCAACGAGGAGUUCAAGUUAUUCUAUGGCUUGAUUUAGGUUUUAAUGAUUCAAAAGAGGGACAUGGAACAUUUCAAGGAGGAACAAAUGAACAUGUUAUAAAAAAAUUAUAUAAGACAUUAAGAGAUGAAAAUAAUGGAGCUGAACGUUUUCUUGAAGUUUUUUGGUAUACAGGAAAAGAUCAAACACGACCACUUAAUUUUUCACAACAAAAACGAAAUUGUCAUAUAAAAUUUAUGGCUAUCGAUGGUCAAGUAGCUAUUAUGGGUAAUGGUAAUAUGGAUAGUCAAUCUUGGUUUCAUUCUCAAGAAAUCAAUGCUAUGAUUGAUUCACCAUUAAUAGUUAAAGAUUGGAUAGAUGCUUUAUAUCAAAAUCAAUCAACACAUCAAUAUGGUCGACUCAGUCUUGAUGGGAUAUGGCGAGAUAAGCAAGGUAACUUAAAUCCACAUGAUGGAAAAUAA